AUGACAGCUUCAGUGCUCCUCCAUCCGCGCUGGGCCGAGCCGGUGAUGUUCCUUUACGACAACAGCCUGGAGGAGAUGAACAAGAAUAUGGAUGGCUUCCCAGUGAGCAGCUUUGCAGCCAACCAGUGCAGGAAUCUAAUAGGGCACCACGCACCCCUGCCCCCCAGCAGCGCCUACCCCAGCAGUGAAGUGCCAGUGUCUGCCAUAGCGGAGCCUUCCAAGCAGUGCAACCCCUGCUCCGCCGUGCAGAGCACCCCCAAUGGCAGCCUGCCCUAUGGAUACUUUGGCAGCGGAUAUUAUCCCUGCAGGAUGAGCCACCACAACGGCAUCAAGUCGUGCUCCCAGCCCUCUUCCUUUGCUGACAAGUACAUGGACACCUCGGGCUCCGCGGGGGAGGACUUCCCCUCCAGGCCUAAGGAAUUCGCCUUUUACCAAAGUUAUCCCCCUGGACCUUACCAGCCUGUGCCCAGCUACCUGGAUAUGCCCGUGGUUUCUACCAUUGGCUCUACAGGGGAGCCCAGGCACGAGCCUUUACUGCCUAUGGAUGGAUACCAAGCGUGGCCCAUCACCAAUGGCUGGAAUGGGCAGGUUUAUUGUGCCAAAGAUCAGGCCCAGCCAACCCACCUCUGGAAAUCGUCUCUGCCGGAUGUCGUGCAUCAGUCAGACAGCAGCUCGUACAGAAGGGGCAGGAAGAAGAGGGUCCCUUACACCAAGGUGCAACUGAAGGAGCUGGAGAGGGAAUAUGGUACCAAUAAAUUCAUCACCAAGGAUAAGAGGAGACGGAUAUCUGCCACCACCAACCUCUCAGAAAGGCAGGUCACUAUCUGGUUCCAGAACAGGAGGGUGAAGGAGAAAAAAGUCAUCAAUAAACUGAAAAGCACGAGUUAA